AUGACAUUUCCCGGCGUAGGACGACCAAGAGAAACCGACACAGGCUGUGGUUUUGUUAUCAGUAACCCUACUGACAGUAUGCCAGCACUUUUGACAAACAGCAGUAGCGUAUCAGGGUCAGAAGAGUUUAGAGGAGCUCAAGAAAUUGGGAGACACACAAGACGUUUGGGACAAUAUAACCGUAGACGAAGGACAUACGUUCGCCGCCAUCUAGACCAGUUGAAUGAUAGGGUAGAGGUACCAGAAAGCAAAGAGAGGAUGACCGAAGAGCCGGACCUGCUGGGAACUACGCCCGGAACUAAUACAAUAAGGAGUCGAACAAGGAGACAUGAAGGGUUGGGUCAAGAUCAAAGAAAUCCAACAAUAACAUCGCCAUGGACACUAAGGACACUCCCAUCACAUCGAUAUAUACCGAGUUGGACGUCGACACAUCCACAAGAAUCACAUGAGAAGGACAAGAAGUAUGGAGAGGACACAGAAUGA